UCGCUGGAAGAGUGUCUGCGGCCUAGUGCCAUUCCGUUCGCCGUCGGGACAUGAGCUUUGUGGUGUGACGCCCUCACCUACCACGAUGCGGCAGUUACUUCGGCUGCUUGCAGUCCUCUGCCUCGCGUACGGCGUCUUCGCAGCCAAGAAGAGUACGGCUGAGCGGACGCCGGCUGCAAGCGGCGGGAAGCGCGUGGUGUGCUACUACACAAACUGGUCGGUGUACCGGCCCGGCACCGCCAAGUUCACCCCGCAGAAUAUCAACCCCUACCUCUGCACACAUCUCAUCUACGCCUUCGGAGGCCUUUCCAGGGAGAACGGCCUGAGACCCUUUGACAAGUACCAGGACAUCGAGCAAGGUGGCUACGCGAAGUUCACCGGCCUCAAGACGUACAACAAGGACCUGAAGACAAUGCUGGCAAUCGGCGGCUGGAACGAGGGUUCGACGCGCUUUUCGCCGCUGGUGGCGGACGCGGAGCGGCGCAAGGAGUUCGUGAAGAACGUGCUUCGCUUCCUGCGGCAGAACCACUUCGACGGCCUCGACCUCGACUGGGAAUACCCCGCCUUUCGCGACGGCGGCAAGUCGCGUGACCGGGACAACUAUGCGCUCCUCGUCAAGGAACUUAGAGAAGAGUUCGAUCGCGAGUCCGAGAAAACGGGCCGUCCUCGCCUGCUGCUGACAAUGGCGGUGCCGGCGGGCAUCGAGUACAUCGACAAGGGCUUCGACAUCGCUUCCAUGAACAAGCAUCUGGACUUCAUGAACAUCCUGAGCUACGACUAUCAUUCCGCAUUUGAGCCAGCAGUCAAUCAUCAUUCACCACUCUACUCCAUGGAAGAAGAUGAUGAAUACAACUUUGAUGCACAGUUGACGAUUGAUCACACGGUGAACCAUUACAUGAAGUCUGGUGCAGAUCGCAACAAGCUUGUACUGGGAAUCCCAACUUAUGGCCGCUCUUACACGCUUUUCAACCCCCUUGCUACAGAGUUAGGAUCACCUGCAGAUGGCCCAGGUGAACAAGGAGACUCCACCAGGGAAAAAGGAUAUCUUGCAUAUUAUGAGAUCUGUGAAAACCUGCAGUCUGAUGAUUGGAAAGUGGUACAACCAAAUCCAAGUGCUAUGGGACCUUAUGCAUAUAAAGGCAACCAAUGGGUUAGCUAUGAUGAUAUGGAUAUCAUUAAGAAGAAGGCACAGUAUGUGAAUGACAAUGGCCUUGGAGGAAUUAUGUUUUGGGCUAUUGACAAUGAUGAUUUCAGAGGCAAGUGUCAUGGUCGUCCAUACCCACUUAUUGAAGCAGGCAAAGAAGCAAUGCUCAAAGGAGUCAAGCGCUCAAAUAAUGAAAUUGAGACCACUCCUGUUCAGAACAACAGACAAUCUUCCCGUAAACGUAAUCGCAAUCGCUCGAAGGGUAAUGCACGUGGGCGAACGAGGACGACUGCGAGCACCAGUACAGUUGCGACCACCACAACCACCACGACCACUACUACUGCAACUCCACUCAUUACUCCCUCAUACACGACACCAGAACCACCCACAACACCAGAUCCUGGAAGUGAUUUCAAGUGUAAAGAUGAGGGCUUUUUCCCACAUCCCCGAGACUGUAAGAAGUACUUUUGGUGCCUUGACAGUGGUCCCUCAAACCUCGGUAUUGUCGCUCAUCAGUUCACCUGCCCAUCAGGAUUGUUUUUUAACAAAGCUGCUGAUUCUUGUGAUUAUGCGAGGAAUGUAGUUUGCAACAAGAAGAGUAAAAGCCAAGGUGGGAGCUCAUCCACUUUACCACCAAUAAAAGCUGCUACCAGCAGCACUACACGUUUCAGCACUUCACCGAGUACUAAACUGACAACAAAAUUAACUACUACUACAACUACAGAACCCCCACCUGUGCUGGAUGAUGAUGAUGAUGAAGAAGAAGAACUGGAAGAAGAUGACGAAUACCGAGAUUAUGACAGUGAUUCAGAAGAAGACCCUCAGGCACUGAAGGAGCUGAUUAAUCUUAUUAAGAAACUUGGUGGCGUUGAGCAGCUGGAGAAACAAUUAAAUCUCCAGAAUUCAGACCAGAGUGGUGAAAGAAAAGGUGCUGUCACAGCACCAGCAGUCAGCCGCACUUUGUACAAUCGAAUUGUGAGUUAUAACACAGCUCGCAGCCUUGGUUCAGGAGGGCUAACUACUCCUGCUGGAACUACAACACCUAGAUACACAACAUCAUUUCAGAAUCGCCCAGAGAGGCCUCAGAAUGCUGGACUGGAGAAAAUUCAGGAAAUUCAGACACUCAGGAGAGAAAAGCCAACAUACGUUACCAUUCGUAGAGAAAGGCCUUCUACAAGAGAACCGUUGCUAGAGGAAUCAGUUGAAGAUGAUGAUAAGAAGAUUUUAAGCAGUAGUGAAGAAGAUGAUGGUCUGGAAGAAGAUGAGGAGUACAUUGAUGAGGAUGAAACACCAGAAGUAAAGUCUGAUGUGAAAGUGCCUUUCAAAGAGUACAUUACGAUACAAAGAAGUCGGCCAGUCACAGCCCCCACAGAUGAUACAGAGCAGUCAGGCUACCAACAGCCAAGCUCGGGUGUGCAAGAAUAUUCAUCACCUCAAAGAACUAGAUUGACAACUACACCUAUUACAGAAAGUAGCUCUCCAAGAUAUGUCACCAUCAGUAGAGUCAGAUCUACCACAGAAUCGAACACAAUCAAUUUUGAAGAUGGGAGUAACAGGGAUAUUAGCUCUCUUCUGAAUUCAGAUGAUAGCACAGCUGCUGGAAGACUUGAGCAAAUACAGUCAAACGUUCAGACUACAACACCUUUUACACCACCAAAUACAGCUUCUGAUGAGCUCAAAGUGCAAAAUAGACAGAAUUAUUUCCAGCAUUCCACAAAACGUGCUAAUAUUCUGACAGCCUCAAGCCCAGCUAUAUUUGAGUCAGCCGAGCAAACCACCAAGUUUGCUGAAGAGGACGGCAACAUCCCUGUUAGUUCAGAUAAUCCAGUAAGUGCUUUUAGUGCAACAGUUUCCAGUACAGAAGAGUCAACUACAAAAUCAUUCAGGCAGUUUAAAGUGAGGCCCACUGUGGUUACGACAACCCUUGUCCCAGACACUUCUUCAGAAACUACAACAAGGACGAGGAUCAGACCUGGCUCAGAUAGGAGGAGAUUUCGUCCCAAAGCUGAAACUACAACGAGUUCUUCAGAGUCAUCAAUAGAGUCCACUGAGACAGUGAAGGGCCAACAAAGAAGGUUUCAACUGAAGACAGAAGCGACCACAGUUUCUGAGGCUACAGAGAAACCUAGACCUAGAUUUCGUCCUAAGUCUGAAACUACGACAGGUGCUCCAACCACAGAAAAUAGGAGGAGACCACAAAAUAUCUCAGAAACAGGCACUGAAGAAAAUUCAGACACUCUAAGAAGUUCACAAAGUAAAACAGAAAUUUCUGAAGAAGGUGUGACAGAAAGAUUGAGACGAUUCCGUCCCAGAACUGAAUCUUCUCGCGAGACUGAAGUAGAUGCAGAUGUGGCUCAGGGGAGCACAACUACUGAACAGCUGACAUCUAUCCCUGGAGGAGCACUGAAGCCCAAGUUGUCAAGCUCACAAGCUACUGCUGCCACAGAGUCACUAGGGCUAGGUGUUACUUCAGCGAAUACUGCAGAAACAUCAAAAAAGAGAGAGAACAAUAACAUUUUACAAGAUGAUGAAUCUCUGUCAUCAUCAUCAUUAUCAUCAUCGCCAUCAUCAUCUACCAUAAAAACUACUAGUCCUAUAACUGCAGAUGAAGAAAGUACUGAAAGGUCUGCAGAACAUGAAGUCAUAUCAACAUCUCAUAUUUCGACAGAGAAAGUAAUGACUAUACCAGGCACAAAAGACCCAGCAACAGAUUACUCCUCUAGGUACAGAGAUUUCAGUACAGUACCUCCUACAGAUCUGCUGUCAACCUUACAGUAUUCAACAGUGGAUGAAAAGGAACCUGUUCUCAGUACUUCGCAACACUUACUGCAGACUGGAAUAGCGGAAGUUACUUCUAGCCAAGCUUUUAGUACUACUGAGACAGUUUCAGAAUACUCCAGGAGCACUAGUGACAGAGGAAGUGACACAGAAAAAACAUCAGUUCCAGCUUCAAAAUCAACUGCUGAUCCAAUUACAACACCACAACGUGCUACAGGAAGACGCCGAGGCACCCCCAAAGUAGUUCGUAGACGUAAAUUUGGUUCUGGUGGUCGUAAUGCUACAACUCCUGCAGCCUUGGAAAAUGGAACACGGCCUCGUAAAUUCAAUUUCCCUCGAAGACCUGUACUGUUUAACAGCACAGCAGACAAAGAUAUGGAUCUCUUAGAAUCUAUGGAUCAUUUAGCCAGAGACAAGCCUGGAUUAGACAACUUGCUUCUUCCAACACAAGUCACAGUUGCUCAGUCUCGAGGUCUCUCAAAGGCUACAGAGAACAGGAAACCUUCUCCCUUCAUUUUGUCUGGAAGAACAACACUCGCCUCACUGGCAGCUCAAAGAGCGACGCUGUCACUCCCGACGACUCCAAUCCAGUCCAGUUCCGUUACAACUGCCCCGAGAACAGUCAACAUUCAGCAGCAGCAAUAUGGUGCUGGUAGUGAACUUCCAGUUACCAAGGCAACAGGCCAGUUGGACUCAGUAUUAGGUCCAAGAGCUAUAUUUCCACAAGAAAGUGGAAUAAUUCAUCCUGAACAGGAUCACAGUCUCUUAGCUGGUCAGAUAAUGGGUGAAAGUGAUGAACAGGGAGACUACAGCUCAAAAGAGCUGUCUUCACUAUCUGAUUUAUCUGCUCCAACUGCGAGUACUGUACGAGUGCCAACAAGUAAGUAUUCAGAGAACAGUUAUGCAGAAUCCCCUAGAGUUGCUGCCAUCACAGAAACUCCAUCACAGUUGCCACAAGUACUUAGUACACUGAGUGAUGAUGUGACAGAAUCUGGUUUAUUAUAUCGAAGUCAACAGUUCAGUGAAUAUCCAGCUACAUCAGGCGGUGAAAAAACGAAGUCGAGCUAUUUCACAACAGAAAGACCGAGGACGAGCAUUUUGCUCAGAUCAAGAAACAGAGGUGGAGGUAAAUUACCUUUCAGAUCACAGGAGACUGCUAACACUGAACCAGCACGAACGACUACUGUCUCACCAAAACGAGGUUCAAGUGUCACUGCAUCUGUUUCCCCAUCGAGUAAGGAAACACAAACAAGAACACGAGGUAAACCGUUCUCAAAGAUCAGUCGACCGAAAGCUCAAUCGGCACAGAGGACCAGUACACAUUCCAUUAUUGAUUAUGAGUAUUAUGACGAUGACGAAAGUGCUAUUUUAGAUGUGGCUCCACUUUCAGAGAAGGUGAAAAUCCACAGUGACGGAUACAUAGAAUGCUUAGAUCAAGGCAAUUUUCCACAUCCUUUCUCGUGUAAAAAAUUCAUUUCCUGUGCAAAGAUGGAGAAUGGAGAAUUACUGGGUUGGGAAUACACAUGUCCGAGACAACUGUCAUUUGAUCCGAUUGGUGGCAUAUGUAACUGGUCUGCAGGCCUUGGAUGCAAAGAGUAGAGUACCUCAGUGCACUGCCUCUGAGAAACAGUACAAGAUUUCGCCACAUGUAAUUCUUGUGUUUUAGAAUUACUAGAUGGAACAAUAUAUGGGUCAAUGCAACAGUUUUGUGGUUGUGUGAUAAUACUGUGCAAUCAGGUGUUACUACUUGAUAUUAAGAGAGUGCUGACUGACAUUUAUGACUGAUUUGUAUGCACAAUGUUAAAGGUGGGGAGUGAAUGGAAGAGAUGUGCAAGACAGUUGUGAGUUGUUAAUUUUUUGUAGGUGGCCCUGUAUGAUUUCACUUCUGUGAGUGAAAAAGACACUAUAUGCCUGAAAAGCACCAACUGACCUGUAAUUAUAGAUGAGCAAUGUAAAGGGUUAUUUUAUUUGUAUGAUUGUGUGUGACUAAUGAAUUGAAAAAGAAUUUCUCAUUGUUAUGAGAGCUGCUGAUAUUGUAGAUUAAGUGACCAUAUACCUUUGUCUUAACAUUGUUGUAUGUCAGAUGAUUUGAGCAUGUGAAGUGAUGAAUGAUACUAUUUUUGAA